GGCUUCUUGCAAAAUACUCGCUCCCCAUCCUCCCCUACUCCAAACAUCUUGUGCUUCACCUAUCCUUCAAACCCGGCAACAUGCGUGCUUUAUUAUCCCUUUCAAGCACUUUUCUUCUUUUGUGCGGUAUCGCAACUGCUCAAUCCAACGCAAAAAUCUCUCCCAGCAUAACGCUGCCUUCACCCCUGGAAUCACCCGUCAUCGAGUCUACCAGCGCGACACCGACCCCCGUCGUUAGACCAAUCCGGCAACUCCACGAGAAACCAUGUUUGGGUGAUAUUAGCCGACCUUGGAAAAACUACGUUGUAACCUCUUUGGGAUGGAAUCCAGAAUCGCUUAUUCCCGAAGUCAUCACUGCUCACGAAGACAGUAUCCUUGUGGUCGACUCUUGGCAGCUUAAAAGUUGUGCCAGAUUUUUGGUAUUUAUUGACGGGCGGAGAGUCGCAAAAACUGAAAGGUCGAGCUCUUCAAGUCAUAAAGAUUGCGAAGAUUCAGAUAAUUGCACGAAAAAGAGUGACUACUUGGAGGCUUAUAUUACCCUGCCUAAAGGAAAAUACUCGGUUGACAUUAGGGUACCCAAGAAUUCAGUUGCACAACCAGUGCAAGAAGGAAACAACCUGAGCGGUGGAGAGACAGAUUAGGGAGGAGGAAGAGGACGGAACAGUACAUCUAUAUGUAGAGUCUCAAUAGUUGACACAAAAGCAGCAUCAUGUAAAGACUUUUUCAAAUGAGACGGGAUUGUGUUUUACCACC